AUGCUGAAAUCUACUUAUACGCCCUUACCGCCUCUUCCUCCAGGAUGGACUGAACACAGGGCUCCAUCCGGCCAUUUAUAUUAUUAUAAUGCCGACACAAAGCAGUCAACAUAUAAGCGACCCGCUGCUCCAACUCCAGAACCCCAAGCCGCGUUCAUUUCUCCCUCACAGCCUCCGUUUAGCCACAGCCCUACUACCCCCUUCGCUCCGUUUAGCGCAGCUGUUACUUCCGGGGCAAACCGCACAACACUAGGUGGAGGGCGACGUUUCGAUAGACGCCAGCCUGAAGAUCGCCCGAAGUCCAAGCAUGCUAUCCCGGGAUGCGAGCCCUGGUUGCUGGUAAAAACAAAGCUCGGUCGUAGAUUUGUCCACAAUCCUGAGACCAAGGAGAGUUUCUGGAAAUUUCCAGACUAUGUGCUCAAAGGCGUCGUGGAGUAUGAUCGGAUAGAAAGAGAGCACCGUGAAAGGAGGGAGCGUGGAGAGCCAAGCGAAGAUGAAGAAGGUGUCGAAACAGAAAAGAAAGAGUUAUCAAGAAGGGAACAAACGCACCCUAUCGGAGACCAUCAAGAUGAAAUCGAAGAAAGAUACAGUGACGAGGACUAUGAGCAAGUCGAGGUCACGGAUGAUGAAGAAGAAUCGAGGUCGAAAAGGACAAGAACAGAGGAAGCCGCCGAUCAGCCGCUCGAGUUCAACGAAGAUGAUAUUGCCUUUCAGCUAGCCGCCAUGGGCGAAGAAUACGGGCUAGACCCUGGGGAAUAUGGCGAUCCUGGAGAAGAAGGCUGGGAAGAAGGGGCCGAAGGGUUGCCGCUUACAGAAGAAGACGCCGCCGCCCUAUUUCGAGAUCUACUCGACGAUUAUAGAAUAAACCCGUACACGCCAUGGGAAAAAAUUAUCGAAGAAGGUAAAAUCAUUGAUGAUGCACGAUAUACCAUACUCCCAAAUAUGAAGUCCAGACGGGAGGUAUGGACGAGCUGGAGCCGCGAUCGCAUCCAGGAAAACAAAGAGCGCAAAGAAAAGGAAGCGAAGAAAGAUCCACGCAUAGGCUAUCUUGCUCUCCUGGAAGCGCAUGCGACUCCAAAGCUGUUCUGGGCGGAGUUCAAGCGGAAAUACAGAAAAGAACCGGAAAUGAAAGAGAGCCUCGGUUCCCCUACCACACCUGAACCGGUCUUCGUCCCUGGAGGCACUUCACCCUACUAUUUUAACGGAUCUUCGCUAUAUCUCAUUGCCAUCAAAGGUCAGGAAUCCACUUGUUGA